GCGCUGUCACGUGGCUGGGAGAGGUCGGAAAUCGAAAUGGCAGAAAAAGAAGACGCUUGCGGGAUGGUUCUGAAGAUGUAUAUGACAUCGGUGACCAGUUUCCCGGGAGACAAAGUCUAAACAGCUGGAAAUGGUUCGGGUUUUGGACACUUGUGGACAACCCUAUUCAACAGUGGAUAUAGCCGUGGACAACAAUUUACGAACAGAAAUGAGAGAGAAAUGUGGCAACCCCAAUGCACUUCCUCCUCAGUUGUGCCUGGGUGACAAGUACCUUGGGGGCUAUGAAGAGGUGAUGGCUGCAGUGGAAGAUGGUACAUUGAAUAACUUCCUAGGACAAAACUAG